CACCGCUCCAUCGGCGACAUCUUGGUGGAGGACGCGCUAGGGGAAACGCUGUUCUCGCUGUAGCUGCUGCGCCACGAUCUCUGCUGACCUCCGGAGAGCAGAGGACAGAACACGCAGAAGACAGGUCGCGUUGCUGGAAUCCCUCCUGGAACCCCGCCCCCGCUAUUACCUGAACUACAGCCCUGCCCAGCCCGGGACUCCGCCCCCUUCAGGACUCCGCCCCACCCAGUACUCCGCCCUCUCCCAGAAACACCCGUCACAGACCCGCCCUCUCUCCGCCCCUCCUUGCCCCAGCCUCCGCCCUCGGGUCCGGGCGGGGCUCCGGGUUUGAACCGCGCGGCGGGCCGCGCCUCUGAGUCGGGUCGGGUCCGUAGGCGGCAGCGCGGAGCAGGCAGUCGGCAGCGCGCGGCACCAUGUCCCCGGGCAGCGGGGUGAAGAGCGAAUAUAUGAAGCGCUAUCGGGAGCCGCGCUGGGACGAAUACGCGCCGUGCUACCGAGAGCUGCUGCGCUACCGCCUGGGCCGCCGGCUGCUGGAGCAGGCGCACGCGCCCUGGCUCUGGGACGCCUGGGGCCCGGACAGUCCCUCGGACAGCUCGGCUUCACCCAGUCCAGCCCCCAAGGGUGCGUUAGGGGAGCCCUCGGCGCCCUCCGCGCGGGAGGAGGAGCAGCCGGUGGAGGAGCGCGUCGCGGAGCUGCGGGACGCGGAGGUGCAGGACACAGUGCUACCAGCACCACCAAAACAGGACCUAGAAGAGAAACCUGAAGAACGCAGGUCGAAAGGGACCGAUGGGGUGCCCAGUGGCCCUGGCCCUCGACAACAGCCUAGUGCCUUAUGUGCCAGAGGAAGUAAGAAAGCCACCAGAAGCCCCCAAAGAUCGACCAGCAAAAUAAAAGAGAACAAACACCCGUUCGCUCUUUAUGGCUGGGGAGAGAGACAGAUGGACACGGGGAACCAGAGGACACACAACGUCUGCGCGUCGGCCUCUGCGCAUGAGAUUCAUGAGUCAGCACUUCGGGCCAAGAAUAGAAGACAGGUGGAGAAGAGGAAACUGGCUGCCCAGAGGCAGCGGGCGCACUCGGUGGACGUGGAAAAGAACCAGAGGGUAAAGCCGUCGUCUGCAGAGAACCCGUGGCUGACAGAGUACAUGCGGUGCUACUCCGCGAGGGCGUAGAUCCCGGGCAUCCUCUUUCAAGUGUUCAUGCGAGAAAAGGGAAACAGAAACUGGCAACUGAGACCACACAUGGGCAGAAGAGACUGACUGGGUCCCCAAGGCCCCCCUUAGGAAAUUCCAAGAGAUGGUUUUGCUUUCAUGGUUGGUCACCUGCCUUAGUAGUGGGACAGACCACAGAAGCCAUAGAUGCUGGUUUGUUUAUGAAGACAAGUCCCCGAGUCUUGAUAUUCUUGUAAGAGUUUUAUUUUCAAGAUUUUAAUCUUUGGAGAUACCCACACCGAGUGCCUUUAACCGGCUCUAGGCGCUUCCUGCUCACCCCUCCUGUAGUCCGGACAGAGCUGUCCUUUCUGAUGAGUUCCACAUUCCACAGCUGGCAGGACAGCCUGUCCGCAGCUCCGCCGCCGCGCACGGAGCCGACACCCAGGAAGGCAGGCACCCAGGAAGGCAGGCACGGAGAACCGGGCUGCCCCUGACGAGCCUGAGCUUCAGCGGCUGCGGAAUGAUUACACUUGAUAGAUGUCUCGUUUCACCUCGUCUUCGUGUAGACUGUGAUAUUUAAGAAUUUUUUGGCCAGAGCGAGGGCCACCUUUUCUCCCUAAGUCAUCCCUUAGACGUUUAUUUAAUACAUAGUUUAAUAGUUCUGGUACAUUCCAGUGAGCGACGUGCAGAGCAUGAUUACAGCAGUGAUGACAUUUUCUUUUGAGUCACUUUUUUUAUUUAACUGCAGACAGCUGCUUAAGUCUGACCACCAUUCCCCUCUUCUGGGAGAGAUGGCGGAUGAAGAUAUUGAGAACUUGUAAUCUGCAGUGACAUUUAAUGAACUGGGUUUGUUUGGCCGGUGGGGAUGGGACCAGCAGGCGACAUUGUUAGUGUGUACCUUUGCUUUCUACAGAACUUAGUGACGGCGUCGGGCACAGUGCUGAUAGUCUGGGUUGGAAACCUGACUGCUUGCUCUCUGGCUGGGUGAUCUUUGUUGCCAUUCUGUGGGAGAACAAGGUGCUGGCCUGCUGGUAAUAUUCUUCCUUUAAUAGGAGCCACUGUCAGGGUUUACAAAAAGAAAAACAGGUUUUAAAGAACGUGUGUUCCCAUGAGAUGGGUGCCUUUGCCACCCCGCAGAAGAGACUCCCAGAAGGAUGAGCACCGUGUUCUUCCUGAGAGACGGGGAGAUCUUUCGCCUGCACCCACUCAGCAUCUGAGCUUGCUGGGUAAAACCCAGUGUUGGGUGCGUGGUGAGCAUUUCCAUGGUAUUUUUACUUUGGGUUUUUGAGUAUGAUAAUUUCUAGAACGCAGACUGAUUUCAUUCCACAUGAGAUUGUCACACGAUGUCAUCUGAAAACUGUAUUGAGCUUUGAAAACGCAUACUAAAGAAUCAUGUUUUUUUUUUUUAAAAUAACUUUAAAAAUAUUUGCCUAGUUUUGUACAGUCCCUUGUGUACAGAGCCCUCCCUCUGAGGUGUAUAUUUAAUUAAAGAGUAAGUUCUACAUGUUGUCCAAAUACAGCCUUUCUGGUGAUAACUGUGUUAAACGACAUAGUCCCCAAAUGUGGCAUGAUCAGGGUGAUUGGCACAGUAGCCAUGGUUGUUGAGUGCUCUGUGUAAGAGCCUGCAUUGCCUAGAUCAUCAAACUGCACCUGACAAUCUCAGAAAGACAGGUCGGGGAGGGACACAGGCUCCCGACCCUGGCCUUCAGACUUGCCCAGAAGUCAGGCGUGCAUCCUUUUGUGUAUGUGUGUAGAAGUGCAGGCUGAGAUGGGAUGAGAGCCCUGCUGCUGUCUUUACCAAAUUAUUAUUACUUUUUCCUUUUCUCUGUAGACCAGGCUGGCCUCGAACUCAGAGAUCUGCCUGCCUCUGCCUCCCGAGUGCCCGUUAAAGGCGUGCCGUAUUCUUUUUACCCAGAGCACAAAUGAUCGGGACUUUGGAGAACAUUUAAUGUUCCUACUCUGCAAAUAAAUCAAUAUGAAUUAGCGGUGACCCCCCACACCUGAGUCCCUAAUGUGUAGGGUCCAAAUUUUCUCCUUUUAAAAAGACAGUGAUUAAUUUUUGAACUUAUGAAAAUUUUAACAAAUUUAUCUUAACAACUUUUUCCUAUUUUAGGAGCAGUGAGAUAAUUUAAAAUUAACUUCUAUGCUGGAAACCUCUGAAAAUGUUUGAGAAUCCAGUCACAUUUAAAAAAGGGAUAUACAGCAUUUUUUUUUUAAAUUGACUUUUAAGGUUUUAAUUAAAACAGUUUUUCUAUAA